CUCGUCUCCACCGCGUCUCGCCUCGUUCGGCGCCAUGCCGUUGUCGUUGCUGCUGCUGCCGCUGCUGGCUGCGGCGGAGCGGAGCGAUCCCAGCGUGGCGAAUGGAGAGCUGACACCGCCGGAUUUGCCGUUUCCACCCAUGCCAUCGGAUGCCAUCGUCGGCCCCACCCUGGCAGACUCGGUGAAUCGCUGGCCCCCCAAGCGGCAGCCCUUGCGAAAGGAUACUCCCAACAUCGUGGUGAUCAUGAACGACGACGUGGGUUACGGUGCUCCUGACACCUUCGGUGGUCCCAUCCACACACCCACGCUGUCGAAGAUUGCCUCGCAUGGUGUGACGUACAACCGUUUCCACACCACGGCCAUCUGCUCCCCCACCAGGGCGUCCUUGAUGACGGGCCGCAACUCGCACCACGUGGGCGCGGGGCAGAUCACCGAGGCCGCCAGCGGCUUCCCGGGCUACACGGGGACCAUCCCCAAGUCCGCGGCCACCAUGGCGAAGGUCUUGUCAGAGUAUGGCUACGACACUGCAGCCUUUGGGAAGUGGCACAACACGCCCAUCGACAACCUCUUUAAAUCGGGGCCUUUUGAUCAAUAUCCCACAGGUUUGGGUUUCCGCUACUUCUACGGCUUCAUCGCGGGCGAGACCUCCCAGUACGAGCCGCGGCUGUUCGAGAACACCAACCCCAUCGAGCCGCCCAGGACGCCCGAGGAGGGUUACCACCUCACAGAAGAUAUGGCCGAUCAGGCCAUCAAUUUCAUCCGCAGCAACCGCGCGUUGACUCCGGACCGUCCCUUCUUCAUCUAUUUCGCGCCGGGCGGAACUCAUGGGCCCCACCACGUGCACAAGGAAUGGGCCGACAAGUACAAAGGCAAAUUCGACAUGGGUUGGGAGAAGCUCCGCAACAUCACCUACCAGAAACAGAAGGCCAUGGGUUGGAUCCCAGCAAGCACGGAACUGCCGCCCAUCGAAGAGUUCAUGCAGAAGUGGGAGGAGAUUCCCGAGAACGAAAAGGCCUUCCAACUUCGUUUGAUGGAGGUCUAUGCGGGAUACCUGGAACAUACCGACACCCAGGACGGCAAAGUCAUCGAGGAGUUAGAACGACAAGGUUUGUUCAACAACACCUUGGUGGUCUACAUCCUGGGCGACAACGGCGCCUCUGCAGAAGGCUUCCACGGCACCAUCGACGAGUUGCUGACGGAGAACUCGCUGCCCAACACGGCGCAGCAGCAGAUCGAGGUGAUGGAUCGAGACUUCGGCGGUUUGGACGCCUUGGGCUCCAAGGUGGUGGAUAACAUGUACCACAGCAGCUGGGCUUGGGCUUUGGACUCACCUUUCAAGAGCACUAAGUUGGUUGCGGCCCACUUUGGUGGCACACGCACGCCCAUGGUCAUGUCUUGGCCAAAGGUCAUCAAACACGACCCGACGCCACGGUCGCAGUUCCACCACGUCAUUGAUGUGGCGCCCACGGUCUAUGAGGCCAUUGGGAUCAAGUUCCCACAGCACGUGGAGGGGGUGCAGCAGAUGCCCUUGGAUGGGGUGUCCAUGGUGUACACUUGGAACAACGCCACUGCUGAGGACCGUAAAAGUGCGCAGUACUUCGAAGUCAUGGGCAGUCGCGGCAUCUACAAAGAUGGCUGGUUCGCAAGCGUCCUAGGCCCACGUAUUCCAUGGGCAGCCACCAACGAGACACGCAUGAAGGAGUGGAACCCCGACACAGACGUUUGGGAACUCUAUGAUCUGAGCAAAGACUUCUCUCAAGCCAAGGACUUGGCAUCUCAGAUGCCUGAGAAGGUCGCCAAGAUGAAGGAGAUCUUCACGAUGGAAGCAACUCAAAACAAGGUGAUGCCCAUUGGUGCUGGCUUAUACACCAUCUACUACCAUCCGGAGGAAGGUCCACACUCUCCUUUGACUGAGUGGAACCUCCAUGAGGGCAUGACACGAAUCGCGGAAUCCAAUGCACCUGGCUUUCACAGCAGGCAGAGUUCCCUAUCCACCAUUGAUGUGGACUUACCCGAGCUCGCCAGCGGUGUGGUCUUCUGCGUGGGCGGGACAGCUGCAGGUUUCUCGGUGUAUUUCGACAAGGGCUAUCUCUAUGCCGAGUAUAUGGCCACGCUGUUGUACCGCUACAUUGCCAAGUCCUCCCAGCCAGUGGCCGCCGGAAAACACAAGAUCCAGGUGCGGUUGAUCUAUCCCAAAAGCGAGUCGCUCUACCCACCGGCCGAUUUGACCCUCUUCGUGGACGGAGCCAAUGUGGGAUGGGUCAAGGUGGAGAAAUCCAUCCGCUUAGUCUUCGAUGCCUCGGAGACCUUCGACGUGGGCAUGGACCUGGGCGCCCCCGUGUCGUUGAACUACGCUGACCGGGCGCCCUUCAAGUUCAACGGGAAGAUCGAUCUGCUGAAUGUGAAAUACAUCAAUGGUCCCUCCAUAGCAACGGAUGUGGUGGUUUGAAUAUCUGAACCUUGGACGCUCAGUAAACGCCUAUGAAAAUUCGUUGAUUUUGGC